AUGGCCGAUGAUAUCACUCAGGAGCAAAUAGUGAUGGCAAAUGAUAUCACCCAGCAGCAAAUAGUGAUGGCCAAUGAUAUCACCCAGCAGCAAAUAGUGAUGGCCAAUGAUAUCACCCAGCAGCAAAAAGUGAUGGCCAAUGAUAUCACCCAGCAGCAAAUAGUGAUGGCCAAUGAUAUCACUCAAGAGCAAAUAGUGAUGGCCAAUGAUAUCACUCAGGAGCAAAUAGUGAUGGCCAAUGAUAUCACUCAGGAGCAAAUAGUGAUGGCCAAUGAUAUCACUCAGGAGCAAAUAGUGAUGGCCAAUGAUAUCACCCAGGAGCAAAUAGUGAUGGCCAAUGAUAUCACCCAGGAGCAAAUAGUGAUGGCCAAUGAUAUCACUCAGGAGCAAAUAGUGAUGGCCAAUGAUAUCACUCAGGAGCAAAUAGUGAUGGCCAAUGAUAUCACUCAGGAGCAAAUAGUGAUGGACAAUGAUAUCACCCAGCAGCAAAUAGUGAUGGACAGUGAUAUCACCCAGGAGCAAAUAGUGAUGGCCAAUGAUAUCACCCAGGAGCAAAUAGUGAUGGCCAACGAUAUCACUCAGGAGCAAAUGAUGAUGGACAGUGAUAUCACUCAGGAGCAAAUAGUGAUGGACAAUGAUAUCACUCAAGAGCAAAUAGUGAUGGACAAUGAUAUCACUCAAGAGCAAAUAGUGAUGGCCAAUGAUAUCACCCAGGAGCAAAUAGUGAUGGACAAUGAUAUCACUCAGGAGCAAAUAGUGAUGGACAAUGAUAUCACUCAGGAGCAAAUAGUGAUGGACAAUGAUAUCAUUCAGGAGCAAAUAGUGAUGGCCAAUGAUAUCACUCAGGAGCAAAUAGUGAUGGCCAAUGAUAUCACCCAGCAGCAAAUAGUGAUGGCCAAUGAUAUCACUCAGGAGCAAAUAGUGAUGGACAAUGAUAUCACUCAGGAGCAAAUAGUGAUGGCCAAUGAUAUCACCCAGGAGCAAAUAGUGAUGGCCAAUGAUCGCAAUGAACAAAAGGAACUACCCCAUCCUCACCUAGCGCCUAAAGGAAAGGAUUAUUUUACAGGGUGA